AGGCGAGCUACUCCGCGCAGCGACCAAGCUCGGGCAGUGGCCACCCCAGUCGCCACCAGCCAAGCUGCGCAGCCCAAAAUCCACCAGGAAGCUUGACCACCGGGCGGUUUGCUCGCCCCCUCGCUUCCUCCGCCCGCCGGCCGCCGCGGCCAUACGCCUCCUCCGGAGCCCCGACCACCGCCUCGGCCGGCUCCGCCCUUGCGCAGUCAGGCUCGUCUAUACCCGCAUGGCUCUCCGCGCCGCGUGCGCUGCGGGCCGUGGCCUCCCGUCGUCCUCCUCGCCCCCUCGCGCCGGCGGCAGGCCCGGCAGCGUCGCCUUUGCCGCGCCGCUCGGGACGCGCGCAGUUCAAACAAAGGCGGUCUUAAGCAGUGAUGGUGCCCCUGGAAUGAGCAAUUCUCCCCAUGUAGUGUGCUUUGGCGAAUUGCUAAUUGACUUCGUUCCAACUGUCAAUGGAGUGUCAUUGGCAGAAGCACCAGCCUUCAAGAAGGCUCCAGGGGGUGCACCUGCCAAUGUUGCAGUUGGAAUCGCUCGUCUUGGUGGGUCAUCAGCUUUCAUUGGGAAGGUUGGUGAUGACGAAUUUGGCUAUAUGCUAGCUGAUAUAUUGAAGCAGAAUAAUGUAAACACUCAAGGAUUAAUUUUUGAUGCUCAUGCUAGAACAGCUUUGGCUUUUGUGACACUACGAAGUGAUGGUGAACGUGAAUUUAUGUUCUAUCGUAAUCCAAGUGCUGAUAUGCUACUUGAAGAAAAAGAACUUGAACUUGAUCUAAUAAGGAAGGCAAAAAUAUUCCAUCAUGGCUCAAUAAGUCUUAUAACUGAGCCUUGUAAAACUGCACACAUUGCAGCUGCCAAAGCAGCUAGAGAUGCUGGAGUACUUGUUUCAUAUGAUCCGAAUUUGAGGCUUCCAUUGUGGUCAUCAGCUGAGGAUGCUAGACAUGGUAUCCUGAGCAUAUGGGAAACUGCUGAUGUUAUCAAGAUAAGUGAAGAGGAAGUUUCCUUUCUGACGAACGGGGAGGAUCCAUAUGAUGAUGCUGUUGUGAAGAAACUUAUUCACUCCAACCUGAAGUUGCUUCUUGUCACUGAAGGUCCAGAUGGCUGUAGGUAUUAUUCUAAGGAUUUUAGUGGGAGAGUUGGUGGACUGAAGGUAACUGCUGUUGAUACAACUGGUGCUGGAGAUGCCUUCGUUGCUGGCGUACUAUCUCAAUUAGCCACAGAUUUUUCAUUGCUCCAGGACGAAGGCCGAUUACGAGACGCCCUGAAGUUUGCAAACGUCUGUGGAGCUCUGACAGUGACAGAGAGAGGCGCGAUUCCAGCGCUGCCGACCCGACAGCAAGUGCUCGACUCCCUGACCAGCGUCGUUGCAUGAAUGACCAGCGUCCUACUUGCUGUGUAUGCCAAUGUGGAUCAGCAGAGCGCCAUGGUAGAUCAGGUGUGAUUUCGUUUGCCUACCAAUUGAGAUCCUGGCGGUGUGACCCCACAGGCCACAUAAUCCGGUGCGAGCGGCUGUUUCUUGUCUAUUUUUUACGUGUAUAAUAAAGUUGGGACUCUGAGCCAUCACCAUCAGGUUUAUGCGUGGUGGGCAUGCCUCUGAAUACCUGUACAGCCGUGCUGGAUAAUAACAGCAGUGCAUCACGAAGCAGUUUACCACGGGAAGCAUGUCUCGGCCUGCUGUUCCUGCUC